AUGUUCACUCUAAUCAAACAUUUGGUGGUGAUCUUCAUGGAUAGAACAAUGAAAUUCUUGAACAAUGGAUUGGAUUUUGAAAAAGAAUUUCAAUUUAUUGAGAAGAUUUACAAGAUCAUAUCUCUCGACAUUUUCGGUGGAAGUAAAAAAGUGUCAAAAAGAUUCUUACUCCAGUCUGCAAUUUAUUUCUUGUUUUGGCUGGUGGUUCACUUCAAGAAUGUGUUUGUUGACUUCGUGUCAGACAGAGCGAAACAAUUUACCGGAAUUAUUGGCAUCUCCGUUUUUUAUCAGAUGAUCGUAAAAUCUUACGCAAUAUGUUCACAACUUGACAUCGUUAGUAAAAUAAAAUCGACAAUGACGGAGGAUGCAAUGAACACAACUGAAGAAGAAAUGCAGAUUGAGAUUAAAUAUCGAAAGUAUUCACGGAUUCUGAUUGCUGGAAUAGCAUUUCUUUCUUGCUUAGUUAUGGGGAUAUCAGUUUUGUGGUCAUUGAUUUUCAUUAAGCAAAUGGUGAUGAUAACUAACAUUCAAAUUCCAUGGACUUUGCCAGACACGCAUCCAUCUCACGAAAUAAAUCUUAUCAUGAUGUUUCUUUGGCAACUUAUUUCAACUCCUCUAAUUGCUAGUUUCGAUUCGUUCUUCAUCUUAGUGACAUUUCAUUGUGUUGCUAAAAUGUCUGUUUGCUGUUCAAAAGCAUCGAAAAUCGAUGGGAAAACUGAUGAAAAUUUUAUUUCUGAUUUGGUUGAAAAACAUUUACGUGUUAUGGAAAUGAUCAAAAUAUCUGCAAAAAUAUUCAACCAAACAUGCUUUCAUCAACUUUUCACAACGUUUGGCGUCAUAGUUUGCUCAACUUUUAAUUUUACAAACAGAUUUGAAUUAUUUCCUUUUGUGAUGCUCUCAGCAGCAAUUCUCCAGCUUUUCUUUUAUUGUUUUCUGGGAAAUAUUUUGUCAUCAAUGUGUGAGAAGUUUCAGGAGUCAAUUUAUUGUUCGAAAUGGUAUGAAAUCGAAAGCAUUUCAAUUAGAAAGAAAAUUUUACUCAUUUUGAUGAUGUCACAACGUAGAAAGGAAUAUUCGUUCUUUGGAAUUAAACCUUUGAACUUGGAAACAUUUGCAGAUGUCGUCAAACAAGCUUACACUUUUAUAAACAUUUUAUUGAGACUUUUAUAA